UAGCGCGGAUUCAAAGCACGCGUAGCAAAACGCGGAGUAUUUCAAGGUUAAGCACGAUUUUAUACGUAUGCUCACGCCGGGCAGAGUCGACGAUUAUUCGACAACAUGGACAAGGUGUGUCCUGCGGAAGAGGCAGAGACCGUCGUGGCGAACACGUCGCUCGAAUCACCGUCGAAUAUAAGUAAGCGUCAAUUCAAGAGAAUGCAGAAGAGGAAAAAAUGGCUGGAGCGGAAGACCGAAAAGAGAUUGAAAGAGAGGGCAAAAGCGAGAGAGAAACGUGCGUACGCGCGCGCGAAUAACUUGAGUCUAGGCCCCUCGAGGAAAUUCUUGAAGAAAAGCACCAUGGCGAUUAGUCCCUGCAAGCUAAUGGUAGCCAUUGACUUGUCCUUCGACGAUUUGAUGAUUGACAAAGAUAUUGCGAAGCUGACGAAGCAGAUCCUGAGGUGCUACACCUUGAAUAGAAGAGCCACAGCACCGAUGCAAUUCUCCCUCACGAGUUUCACUGGAAGGUCACGAGCCGACAUGGAGAAACACAAUGGAUAUGAACACUGGGAUGUGAACUUUCACACGGAAUCGUACGUAAACGUUUAUCCGAAGGACAAGAUCGUGUAUCUUACGAGUGAAUCUGAGAACGUGAUAGAUCAUAUCGAUCAUGAAUCAGUAUACAUCAUAGGAGGCCUUGUCGAUCAUAAUGCGCACAAGGGUAUAUGUCACAAGUUGGCGAGAGACGCGGGCGUCACACAUGGACGAUUACCUUUGGACAAGUUUCUGCAGAUGAAGGCGAGAAAGGUGUUGACUAUUGACCAUGUUUUCGAGAUAUUACUGAGGGUAACGGAGGGCAAUACUUGGCAAGAGGCCUUUCUGAAGGUGUUACCGGAGAGAAAGAACGCUCGACCGAUUGUUCCUGUGAAAUCCGAAGAGGAGGAAUCGCAAGAUUCGAAGCCUGUCGAUGUAAAUAGUGCAAUGCUAGUCAAUGUAAAUAGUACAAUGCAAAUCAAUGUAAGUAAUACAAUGCCAGUCGAUAUAAAAGACGUCUGCGAUAUUAAACUGGAGAGCGAAAGCGAUAUUAAACUGGAAAGUAACGUAGAAUCGAAGACACUUUUAGAGGAGCACUCGUGUGCGACGUAAAUGCGUGAAUAGCGGCCUAAUUAAUGUCAAAUGUCUUGCAAAAUUAGAAGCUUGCAAUGCUAUAUCCUUGAAAUAUUCUUAUAAUACAAGUUUCUACAAAAAUGAGAAAAAUCGAAUUGUAAAUAUUUAAAAUAUAUUUUUUUAAUCGAAAAAGAAGACUCUUUGGAUAUUAAAUAUCAAAAAUAAAGAGUAAUUAAAAAUCUAGCGUGAUAAGCAA